GCCUUUACUCCUAUAUAUGUUGCAUAUUCUUUGCAAGAUUUAUGCUCCUAUCGCAUGCAUCUGUUCCUUCUCUGAUAUGUGCAUGUGCUUGCUUGUGCUAAAGCUCUGUUUUGAUUGGUUCAGUGCUUGAUUUACUGGAUCUGCUAGUUGAUUUUACUCUUCGUUUUUGAGUUCGGCAAGGAUUAAUUUCCGUCGGUUAAUCCCGCCUGGGAUGAGCCGGUGAACGACAUCAACUGCCGCAAGAGAUCAAGCUGGUGUGGAUCUAUUGUAGGCAGUAGUUUACUGUUGAGAUUGGAUCGGAUAGGCGUACACAGAUGAUUUUUCUGAUUCAAGUUCUACUGAUGGUCUUGCCUCCCAAGCGCUCUCAUGGUUGAGGCCAACACACUGCUUCUUGCUGUUGCCAGAGUACCAGGCCUUGCCGCCUUGGGAAGUUGUUGUGACAGCCAUGGUUUUUGAGUGGCCGGCUAGUCCCCUAGCCGGGGCAGCGAUUUCCGCUUGCUGUUGCGACUCGACUAGCGGACAAAGUCGCACGACUUGUUGCCUGGCCGACUAGCCGCGCGACGGGGAACGCUCGAGCCUUGCGACAGGAAAUUUUGGGGCGAGAUGGUUUAGGCAGCAGGCAAGGAAUCUUCUUCGGCUAGAAAUCGACAUUCGAUCUGCUCCGCCAUUGGUGUGAGGGGGAUAGAGAAGAGGAGGGGAGGAAAGCUGUGGCGGCUGCUCUGGGAUUUUCCUUGCAAGACUUCCAACCUGACGGUCUGGGCACCUCCUAGAGGUGUUGACGGUCCGGAUGGCCUAACGAAAGUUAAGGUUUUUUAACGGGCCUUAUGGGCCAGCCAUGCAAACACCUACGGUUACGAAGUCCCUAAUAUUCGACAUAGACUCCUAAUGUUGUCAUCCUCAAAGCCACUCGCGAGGGCUCUGCAUUGCAGCCUACCACUGCUUUGGUCCCUCGCCACCCUGACCUCUACUUCAAGCUUUCCUUGUACUGCAGCCCCCCCUCCUGUAAUGCUCUCUGUAAAAAAAACCCUAUUACUAGGUUUGACUUGGGUCGGGGACGACUCAACUUAACUUGGCGACUCAAAAAUCAUGGUGACCACAAAAAUGUGUUGUGUUCGUUUGGUCUCACUAAGCAUUGUGGCGCUCUUUGUUGAAAGGAUUGUGUUGAGGUGCAUUUCGUGUUCUGUAUUUGGGGAGCCAUCUCUUCAAAAUGCUAGUGCCAAGGUGCAACUUUUGCUUUCGAUCGUGGCCCCAUCUGUUCAAAAGUAUAGUGCAUGGGUACAUAUUAUACUUUUGGAUUGUUGAUCGGUGGGUGUCGGUAAGGUUCGCGGCCGAUACUGUAAUGUUACAUAGUAGCUAAUGGAUCUGAGAGUGAUGGGACAGGAUAUGUCAUGUCUGAAGCAAGAGUGAGGGGAAGAAACCCUGUUAACCGGCCAAUUCAUCCCUGCUCCGAGGGUCAUUGAAUAUGCGGUAAAUUGAUUAAUCGACCCAUUAGCUUAUUAAUGCCGUACUCGCCAUCCAACUGAGCAGCUACCUGUUCAAUUUCCUCAACAGUGGGAAGAAAGCAAGACGUCGCUCCACCGAUUGUAAAAUUUGAUCUUCAAGAGUCAGUAAUGUUUCUUUUUGAAAUAUGGAUUUUUACAGAUGUAAUGUUAUUUUCAUUUGCAUUUGCACAAUUCAAUCGAAUGCAAUACCAAUUAGAAUAGUUUCUAGAGGAUUCUUAAUUUUCAGUUUUUUAUGAUGUCUCUUAAAUCACAUUUUGAAAUCAAAUCACACAAGUCACUAUGUGAGGUUUGAGGUUGGAACCUUUAUAAAGAACACCAUUUGUGAUAGCCCUUAAUGAAGAAUUUGUUAGAAUUCUUAUUUAGAUUAAUUUGAUGUGUCAUAGUUUGGCAUGAAUUCUUAUUUAGAUCAAUGACUAGUAAAAUAUAAAUUAUAUGACAUAAAAAAUAUACUGUAGUUCAUUUUGAAUAUACAUGUAUAUAUGACUAGCAAAAUAACUAGUUAAAUGGGUGAUCUUGGAACACUUGCAUGCUUAUAAAAGCGGAUGGAGAUAGUAUUUAAAUUGGGUAAGAUUAAUUUCUGGGUAUAUGGUCAAAUUGAGGAACAAAUGUAGGUUCGGUGGUAAUAUUUUGAUAGUUUUAUCUACAUGUAUAUAUUUUAUUAGUAAUCUUAAUGUUUUUCAUUUUUAUGAUAUAAUGGUAAUGUGUGUGUAUAUAGGACAAUUUUUUUUUUGUAUUGUCGGGUGUAGUUACUCCCACAUACCUUUCACGCAAAUCAGGUAGUAUAUAAAACAAGUGGGAGUAUGUAGUAUGUAGAAUAUAGGUAGUAUUAUGUAGAAUAUGCCCUUUUUUAACGUACUCUAUUAGAUGUAUAAAUAUGAAGGUAGUUCUAAAAUACAGUAAGUACAUGCCAAUGUGCAAAAAAAAUCAUAUGUAUAUUAUGAAGGUAUUUCAAAAAUACAGUAAAUAUGAUAUCAUAGUUCGCUUUGAAGUACCUUGGAAUUGAUAUAGUAUAUAUAGUACCGUUGGUUGUAUACUCAACGUGGGAGUAACUACACCUGGGAGUACCUAGUUGACUCAAUCUGACUAAGAGUAGUCAUCAAUCUUAUCAAAUUUAUAACACAUAAUGUACGUAUUAUUGGUCAAAUAGACGUUUAAAGGGUGUACCUCAGAAUGCGUGGGCGUCAUUCUUUGUGCAAAGUGUUGGGUUUGCUCAAGGAUCAAUCACAUGAGGGCGCACAUGACUAGAAAUUUUUACCAAGGGUGGCAGUAUCUUUUACCAACUUCUAAUUUUCCUGCUAUGCCUUGCUUAGUAUCGUUAGCCUUAAACCAAACAUCUCAUGAGGCCGUCAAGGAGAAAUGUAAUACUUCAUUCGUUUCAAAAUAUCAUCCAUACCCUUUGGAAGUUUGAAAUAUUUCUAUUUUUGUGCUUUAGGAAGGCUAUUUUGUUUUAAAUUAUUCCUAGAUUUAUCCAACCUAUUGCUUUGAUUAAAUGGUGUUCCUAUAAAAUUGCAUCUAUCAGUAACUUAUUAAAUAUAAUUUUCUUUAUAGUGAUUGCGCUUGUGUUCUAUGUAGAUAUUGCUUGGGUGCGAUAGUGUUUGGCGUUCGUAAUUUGUCACCUGUCUCAAAGAGUCAUAUCCCAAGAUGGGAAACCGAAGACAGAAUUAUGGUUGUGCAUUUGGUGCAAGCUUGCGCAAGCCAUGCACAAAAGAAAACUAAAUUGUGGAAGUAGUGUCUGAAAGAGAAGAAGAGAAUGCAAGAGUUUUAUGGGGUAUCGCUACCAGAUAACACUAGGGUAGUAGUGCAGACACGACGACCAGUGCCCUCUUCCUCAAGGCUUCACAACGUUAUGGUUUCUCCACAAAGUUGCAUCGACAAGCCUCGAUCGUCUUCCUCUAAGCCAGACAAUGUUGGAGCCUCUCCAUCGAAUAACAUUGAGAGCCGUAGGGCCUCUUCUCGAGGAUCGAACGAUCGUGCAGUUUCUUUGCGAAAGAAUACGGAGUUAUCCUCAAGGUUAAACAAAGCUCCGACCUGUUCACACAAGAGUAUUGAGAAUCCUAGGCCCUCUUCCUCGAGCCUGGACAAUGGAAGAGUCCCCACGCCAAGGAAUACCAAGGUGCCUAGGCCAUCUUUCCCAAGGCCAAACGAUGGCAUGGUUUCUCAACCGAAGGAUAAUGAGAGGUCUCGGCCAUGUCAACAUAGGGAUGGAUUUUCCUCGAGAAAGUCAGAAAAGCUUGCCUGCGCAGGGUCGAAGGAUGGCUCAAAUUCCAAAUCUAAUAUUCCAAAAAAAUUGCAUCCCUCUUUAAUGGUUCGGAACUCACGCAAUGCCGGACAAAUGCCGAGCGUUCAUGCUCGGAAAGAAGAUCAAGUCAUACAAACUCAUCGGCGCAACUUGGGGGAUAAUUCUUUCCCUAAAAUUGGCAAAGAUUUGUCAACUCACCAGACGGUGAAGGCAUCAUCCAUGGGCAAUAACAUGGAGUUGAAUACAAAAUCAAAGCGUGAUGACAAGUUUAAGAGAAAGAGGACUGAACCGUUGUCGGAAGAGGAGCUUGAGACACUGAAGAUGAGGACUGAACCGCAUGAAGAUCAUGAUAGUGAAGAAGCGUUGAAUUGUAAGCCGGUAAAGAGAACUAGAAGGUACAUAUGUAAUGAUGAUGACGAUGAAGAUGUUGAUCAAAAUCUUGUGGGUGUUGAAGGUGGAACUGCUCCAUUGACCACACAAACUAUUGUCUUGAAGAGUAUCGAGGUCUCAAAUUCAUUCGUUUCAGAAUCUUUCAAGUCUAGGAGAAAGAGGAUUGAACCGUUGUCGGAAGAGGAGCUUGAGACAUCGAUGAUGAGGACCGAACCGCAUGAAGAUCGUGAUAGUGUAGAAGCAGAGAAUCGCAAGCAGGUGAAGAGAACUAGAAGGUACAUAUGUAAUGAUGAUGAUGAUGACGAUGAUGAUGCCGAUCAAAAUCUUGUGGGUGUUCAAGGCGGAACUGCUCCAUUGACCACACAAACUACUGUCUUGAAGAGUACCGAGGUCUCAAAUUCAUUCGUUUCAGAAUCUUUCAAGUCUAGGAGAAAGAGGAUUGAACCGUUGUCGGAAGAGGAGCUUGAGACACUGAUGAUGAGGACCGAACUGCAUGAAGAUCGUGAUAGUGUAGAAGCAGAGAAUUGUAAGCCGGUGAAGAGAACUAGAAGGUACAUAUCUAAUGAUGAUGAUGACAACGAUGAUGAUGCUGAUCAAAAUCUUGGGGGUAUUGAAGGCGGAACUGCUCCAUUGACCACACAAACUACUGUCUUGAAGAGUACCGAGGUCAAAAAUACAUUCGUUUCAGAAUCUUUCAAGUUGCAACCGUAUAGUGACCUCCCAAUUGAUGAACCCAUUUGGAGUGGUGUCUUUAAGAUAGGCAAUAAGUAUGUGCCAUUGGCAGCACAUUUGUCAGUAAAACACUGUGACAAGGUGUGGAAAAUUUCAAGAUCAUUGCAGCCGCGGGUUGAAGUGACAAAGCUUUCUAGGUUGGAGGCUUGGCCUAAAAGCUUCGAAGCGUUAGGACCCACUGAUGAUAGCAUUGCGUUGUAUUUCUUGCCCCAUGAAAUGAGGCAAGAUGCAGACUUGGACAAUCUAGUUAGGGAAGUUAUGGAUAAUGACAUGGUCUUACGAGCUGUUGUUGGGGAAGCAGAGAUGCUGAUAUUUCCUUCUAUUCUACUGCCUAAGCGACACCAAACCUUCAAAGGGAAACCAUACCUGUGGGCAGUAUUCAAGCGCAGAGAAGAUAAGGUUGCCACACCCACACUGCAUGAAGAACAACAUGGCAUAGGCCGUCGUGCACGGGAGGAAGAGAAGCAUGCCUCUCUGAGAAGAGAAGGUCACCUGGUGGCAGGGUUAAACAUGCGCGGUGGACUUGAAGCUCCCGAAGAAGCCGAGACGCAAGUUACAGAGCAGGAACAGACUGCCUCAUCUGCUCGACCCAACACACCAGAACUUGCUGAAGGCACAGCCCCCCCUUCACCAACUCCUACCAUGCCUGCCGCAAUGACUGCAACCGGUGGACAGAUCGACCCAUGCUUUGGUGCUCCGAUAGGAGCACUGUUUGGUUUCAUAGCUGGACAAAUGCCACGACUCGAGCAACUCAUCAAUGAGAUGCGAAGUGAAGGUGCUCUGGUAGUUGCAAUGCGAACGGAGAUGAUAGGUUCAGGUCUUGGCCAGACAACAGCAAAGUGAGGUUGCCAAGUUGCCCCUUAGCUCAUUCCGACAUGAUGUGUCGUAAUGGCAGGCCUUGAGCUGUUCUCUCUGAAGUGGCAGCAUACCAGCAGCUAUGUUGGGAAGUAACUGGACUCUUGCCUCAGCCUUGGUAGACCUUCCAGCGUCUAUGCGUGCGUGCUUGAAUGAAACCUGCUCAGGUUCUUGCAUCGCCACAAGUAGAGGCUAAGCGGUAGGAUGUUCCUGUUAGUGUUCCUUUUGUCGCAGUUAAGUGGAACCUUGAUGGUUUAACUAACAAGUUUUAGUGUCAUCCAUUUAGCUGAAUGUUCCGUUAAGUAGUUGAUGUUUUUGUCGCAGUUAAUUAUUCCUCUGACGUGUUUUCAGAUGCUUUUCCUCGUUCUUGCGUAGUUCUUUCGUUCAACUGUGAUCCAUUCCGCUUUUGCUUUUCA